GUGUGUGUGUGUGUGUGUGUGUGUGUGUGUGUGUGUGUGUGUGUGUGUGUGUGUGUGUGUGUGUGUGUGUGUGUGUGUGUGUGUGUGUGUGUGUGUGUGUGUGUGUGUGUGUGUGUGUCAGCAGUUUGCUUAACAAAAAAAGCGGCGUGUGUGUUGGGUGAAGGUCAGGCGGCGGCGCAGCUGUUGUGUCUAUCGCUGGUCAAACAGGUGGCUCUCAAUCCUCCGAGUGUGGAUUCGAGGUUUGUUUUUCACUGGGGUUUUUUUUUUCUCCCUGAAUUCCAGGCGUGUUGACGAGUUUGGAGACGACACAGAAAAAACAUCCCUGCUACUUUAAAUCUUCAGUGAACUGGGAGGCUGUCGUAGUUUGGUACCACUUUCUAAUAAGACGCCUUUAGGUCAAGAUAAGUUUAAUCUCUACUAACAAAUGUUGAUAAUAAUUAAAAAGUCCAAACUUUGAGCCAAAAAGUGAAACUCAAUAUGUUCACAGUUCCGCCCUGGUUCCCUGUUUAUCUGGAAAUGCUUCAAAAAUGCAGCGAACACAACGGACGGAUUAUCACGACCUCAGGACCCUGGACACAGACACACACACACUGUGUCAGCCUAUAGGGAAAGUGUGUUUGUUAGUUUAUUUCUGUUUUCCUUCCCUAUGGAAAGACAAUUGGUAUAAUUUUCAUAGUGCAAGUCAUUCAAAAGCUCCCUAAUCAACAUUAUAUUGUAUCUUGCUUGUUCGUAAACAAAAAAACAAAAGUGGUUUCACUAAGUUACGUGUAGAAACUAUUUCUGGCUUGCUCCCUCUGCUACCAGUCUUUAUUCUGAUUACUUGGCCUGCGUCCACUCAUUCUUUUAUCCAUUAAAAAAACCGCGAAUAGCAACUAAACGUUUUAUACAGACGCCUCAUUUGAAAGUGGUACCAGUAGUUUUUACACGGUGGACACGUUCAGCUCACCAUUUGUGUUCACUGUACAGGUGCUUGCACAGACAGCUGGUUAUGUUUAAUCACCACCAAUGACAUCAAGAAAAUUGAGCAGUCGUCCCCCCUCCCCCAGGUUUGACACCCGAGCCCCUGCCCCUCUGUGUGUACGAACAAGAAAAGUUCACGUAAAACAAACUAAAUCACCUUUUUUUAUUCCAACCUGCGUUUAAAAGCUGUUCCUCACUGAUGCAGAACUUUUUUUUCUCUGCACUUAAACCAACAUUAUUUUUCUCAAAGUGUGAGUAAACAAUCAGGACUGAGAAGUUACGCUGUGCAGCUGUUCCCCUGACUCAGGCGUCCCGCCACCCCCCACCCCGGCACACACUCACUGUGUGUGAGACACACCCAAGCACAUUUGGCCCCCGGACUUACAGCCCAGUCACACCAAUUGAGAUGUUUGAACCGGUGCCCUGAAUUCUUCGCGGCCGUAGCGAGGUGCUGAGGAAUGACCGCCGCUGCUCAAACAUGAUUCAAUUUGAAUAGCUACUAACACACAGGGAUAAUGUGUUCCUGGAAAUGAAUUUAGAAUGACUCACAUAGUUCCCCUCAAAGUGAAAGGGUUUGUCUACAUGUUGAGAUCCGAGUUGGAGUGUUCCUAAUGAAAUCUGGGGUUCAGUCCGACACAUGCUUGGUCAAUAGUAAUUUACUGGGGAGUCAUUGAUCUGCAGGAGUCGGGUUAAUGAAACCGUCGGGGGUUUAUCUCUGUGCCGACAGUUGGUUUAACAAACCUUAUCAGAUAACUGAAAUGCUCUCAUUUCAAAUCCCCUGGAAGCAGAUUCUUUCACGUUUUUAGUUGCAGCUCCACAUUUGAAAAGAUAUUUUGGGGUAUUUCACAUUAUUAACAGGAAAGGACAAGCAGGGAACUUACUGCCACUAUAUAUUAUUAUAGAGGUGUUUAGCCUGGGAAGGGAGGAUGUAAGGAGGCAAGAUUUUGUUUUGGGAUAACGCCACCUCCGUCUUAAAUUUAUUUUACAGUUCAACCUUUCCACACUUAUCCCAACUGUGUUUUCCUUUACAUGUCCUUAUUUGUGAUUUUCUGUUAAUAUGUGAACACUUACUAUCAAAGGCACCCUUUGUAAAAAUGCCUAAUGUUGGAAAUCAUUAGUAAAUGCUUAUACAUUAAGUUUUUAACAAAUGGGUUUUGGUCCAUAUUGUCUGCAGCCCUUUGCCAAAAGGUAAGUGUUCGUGGGUCUCAAGAGGUUUCACACAACCUGGCAACCCAAAGUUUGGUUUUAUUAAUGGCUUUAAUAAUAGAUUUGUGAUUAUUCUAAUAAAGCUAUUCAUUACAAGGGUGCCUGUUAGUAAGUGGUUCAUUGAUUCACACGCUUUCAAAUCAGAGAUAAACGAUGUUUAUAUCUUGCUUUUGCAGUUUGGAAGAAAACUGUGGAUUUAAAUCUGCAGAAAAACUCGGUUCAUGUCUUUCAGUCAUAUUGGAAAACAGACCGGGGUCAAACCGGGUCCGAUUCCGGCUGAGGUGCGACUGUUGUCCUACCCACUUGACCCCCGCGAUGUGGCCAUUUGGCAGUGCAGUGCGCGUCUUGGACACGGCGCUGCGCUCUCGGCGCUCGGGCUGAAGGCACAACCCCGCCCUCCCUCCACCUCCGUCUCCAUCUCCGCCUCCACCUCAGCCAGCGAGAGCCGACAACACACAGAGAGGGAGAGUGAGAGAGAGAGAGAGAGGAGUCAUUCAUCCGCGUCUUCCACAGUCACCGAGGCAGCACAGCCACACUCCCGCAGCCAGGACACCGGCGUCUCCAGCCUCUCCGCCGCGGCUGUGCGCACCGCUCAUCCCCGCUCCACGCCCCGCCACCAGCAGCAGCAGCCGCUCCGCGUCCUCGCCGCUCCUCUCCGCCCCUGCGCCGGGCCGGUCCGGUCGCCUUCCACCCCCCAACCUGGAGAGCAGGUUCUUCCCUGGAAGCUGGAUGAAUUAUUGGGGAGUUGGGAACAAGUGCGAGAAGAAAGCUGAGGCUCCUCGCUCCGGCCAGGGAAGAAGAGACUCCAGAGCCAGAGUUGUGGACGAUGAUGGAGGGGACGUCCCUGUAUCUGCCUAUUGUCGUUUUACUGAUGCAAUGUUCCCCGUCUGUUCCCGUUACCGUGUCGACCAACAGUCCCAAGGUGGAGGUGCGCGAGUUCUCAGACGCGGUGCUGUCCUGCAAGUUCCACACGGAGAAAGACCAGCACCCGCGCAUCGAGUGGAAGAAGAAGGGGAAAGGGGUUUCCUUCGUGUACUUUGACGGACACUUCAAAGGUCCCUUCGAAGGCCGCGCGUCCAUUGAUGGCGCCACGGUGACGCUGCAGAAGGUGACCCAGGAGGAUGCCGGCGACUACCGCUGCGAGAUCAGUGCUCCUCAGGACUCCGUCACCCUGGGCGAGACCAACGUGACGCUGAAAGUCCUGGUGCCCCCCCACACCCCAUCCUGCGAGAUCCCCAGCUCGGCGGUGACGGGCUCGGUGGUGAUACUGCGCUGCAGGGACCAGCAGAGCAUCCCGCCUGCCACAUACUCCUGGUUCAAGGACAACCUGCCAAUCAGCCAGCCCCGCCACGCCAACGCCACCUAUUUAAUCAACUCACACACGGGAGUACUGGAGUUUAAAGCUGUAGCCAAAGAGGACACCGGCCGGUACAGCUGCCUGGCAUCCAACGGGGUGGGACCGCCCAAAACGUGCGAGGCCAAGCACAUGGCAAUAGAGGAUGUCAACAUCACAGCCGUGGUGGCGGCUGUGGUGGUGGUCGCCCUGUUGGUCAUGGUGUGCAGCUGCGGGGGGCUCCUCCUGCACCGCAACGGAUUCUUCAGCCCAGGACACAGAGGAAGGUCCUUUUGGAUCUCCCAGUGUCAUGGUGCAGCCCACAUCAGCAGCCAAACCCUGCACAGAACAGAGGACACGUCCAAUGUCAACUACGUCCCUCCGCCCCAAGAACCCCAGGAUUUUAAACACACCCAGUCGUUCAUGCUCUGAGAAGCUGGCCUUUCUUUGAGGAGACGUCACCCUCGUGAUAACGGUGCCAACACUGGAUUCCCUGAUUUAGUAUUUUCUUUCUCUGGACCCUGAAUGAGCUCUUGAUCUUCCACCACAUGCUAAUUUCAAUCUUCCUUCCUCUACCGCUCCCUUUCGGACGAGUUUACGAAAAGCAAAACUGCAAGGCUUCUUACUCUCCUGCUUUGCUGUGUGGCUCGACUCUUGUCAUUGAUGUCUUCUGCUCUUAUGGGAUUAAGUAGUUUCAUGGCCCUCUGCUCCCCCCUGGUGGUCAGAUCCAGGAACUAGUGGAGACUUAAACUCACUUUUUCUUCCCUCUGCAGGCCACUUAUUUACGUCUGUUUUGUUUUACCAAAGACUGACAGUUAAAUCUAAAAGGACAUUUAACAUCUUUGUUUGAAAAAGUGAAUCAUCACAUGGGGAUUUCUCGUUAAAGCCAUAGGGAAUGAGCAGUUCAGUCAACUCCAACAUUAAUGCAGUUUACCUCAGCCAGUAUUGUCUUCUGUAAUAUUCCCAGGGGCCACUGUGCCACAAAAGACCCUCUUGGUCUUGUAAGAAUACAAACGCAGACAAAGCCAGUCCGGAAGAACAGGAAGCCGCUCCAGCCAAUUCUAUUGAGACCAACCCCAUUCCAUCCUAAUGUGCCUGCAUGGUCUUUUUAUACAUAUAUAUAUAUAUAUAUAUGUAUAUAUAUGUGUAUAUAUAUAUAUAUACCUUGUGCCUUUUAAUUUGUCUGUCAUGUAUCUAUGAAACACAGCUUUUUGUAAAGAAUUUGCCUUACUUUUUUCUGUCUUUAUAUUUUUGUGCCACUGUUUAUCAAAAAUUGAGUGUCUGUUUUUAGACAGUGUGUGAAUGGAUUGUUCAGAGUUUUAUUUGAAUGGUGUAUCAGUAAUAAAGUUUUUUCUAUUCAAAACUA